AUGGAUAAAAAAAUAAAAGAUGUUUUAAACACAAAUAAUUCCUAUUGGGAAAACAAAAGAAAAAUUGAUGUAAUUUCAGUCUAUGAUGAUUAUAAAGUUAAGGAUGCAUUAAAAAUCCUUGCAGAUAAUAAAAUAUUAUCAUUGCCAGUUAAAGAAAGAUCAACUGGUGAUUAUUUGGGAUUUAUAGAUAUGAACGAUAUCUUACACUCAAUUAUCGAUGCAUUUUUAUUAAAAUAUCCACAGAAAGAAGGACAUGACUGGGUAAGACUAUGUAAUGAUGUUAGUGAAGGUGAGAAAUUUGCUGAACAACCUGUAUUUCAUUUAAUAAAUCAAUCUAAAAGAGAUCAUUUCAUUCCAGUUGAUGAAAAUGGAUCAAUUCAUCAACUUGUUGAUGAGAUUUUUUCAAAAGAUAUUCAUAGAGUAGUUGUAAUUGAUGAAGAUGCAAAUACCAAAGGUAUAAUGUCCCAAACUGAUAUUUUAGAAUUUAUAUUAGAGAAUAAAAAAGAAAUUGGUGAUGGAAAAGAAUUUGAACAACCAAUCAGUGAACUGGAUAUCAUCGAAAAAGAUCUCCUUUCCAUUAAUUGUGACGUUAUGACAAUCCAAUGCUAUUACGUAAUGAUGCAACAAAACAAAUCAAGCAUUGUAUUACAUGGUAAAGAUGGUGAAAUAGUUGGUGAUCUUAGUAUUACAGAUCUUCGUGGCAUUGACCCAGAUUCAUUCAAACUAUUAUUAGAACCCGCCAAAGAUUUUUAUAAAAUUACCUCUGCUAGAAGAAAAAAAGAUAGCGUUGUACCUUUAAAUACCAAAUUUAAAGAUGCAUUACAAAUUCUCUACAAGAACCGUCUUCAUCGUCUUUGGUUAACUUGCGAUAAAAAGAGCUGCUUUGGUAUGCUUUCAAUUAGCAAUAUUAUGAAAUAUUUUGCAAGAGACUACAAAGAAAGAACUCCUCAACUCCACAAAGAGUUCAAGCCAGUCACACCCUCAAGAGUUAAUUAUUAG